CUGCGGCUCGCUUUUGUUGCUAUUUGCCAACUAUCCCUUGUUUCAGACAGCUCCUCCGACUCCCUUCCACCUUAUCUUCUUCUUCUUCUAUCUCAGCAAUGGCGGAUGAUGACUCAAUCACACCCGCAGACACACAAGAAGGCGAGAAUGAGCCAAAUCCAGAAAACCCACCACCCCCACCUCCUUCGGAUGAUGACGAUUACACCGACUCCGACUACGAGUCCGGCGACUCCGACCUCGAAGAAGUCUUCUACACUCGCCCUGGUGAGGAACCCGACCCACGCGCAUACGACAACAAGCCUGAGACCAACAUCAUGCGCUUUACCCGAAUCCUCGAGAGCAGGCGGAUGAAGAAGAUGCAAGAGGAGGAGGAGAAAGAGUACGUGUUCUAUGAAGACCUCUUUGAUUUUCCAGAGGACCCGGAGAAAUGGAGAGAAGAGGAUUUGAAGGAGCUUUGGGCGGAUGCUCCAUUGGAGAUGACCAAACCCGGUUGGGACCCGGUUUGGGCCGAUGAGGAGGAAUGGGAGAUUGUGAAGGAGGAGACUAAGGCUGGGCGAGACCCGCCCAUUGCCCCUUUUUAUGUGCCGUAUCGGAAGCCGUACCCGGCUAUUCCAGAUAAUCAUUAUGAUAUUUCUAGCCCCAAAUCGGUGAUUGAGGAGUUGGAUAGGAUUGAGGAGUUUCUCAACUGGGUCAGCUACAUUUUCCCCGAUGGAAGCUCGUAUGAAGGCACAGUUUGGGAUGACUUGGCUCAUGGGAAGGGUGUUUAUGUUGCUGAACAGGGGCUGGUCAGGUAUGAAGGUGAAUGGCUUCAGAACAACAUGGAGGGUCAUGGGGUUGUUGAAGUUGAGGUACCCGAUAUGGAACCUGUGCCAGGUUCCAAACUUGAAAUGAAGAUGCGGGCUGAAGGGAAGAUAAUAUCAAGAGAUUUCAUGACCCCAGAGGAUAAAGAAUGGCUAGAGAUGGAUAUUGAGGAUAGCAUUAAUACAGCUAAUGGGAAUUAUGAAAUCCCUUUCUAUGAGAAUGAUGAAUGGAUCAAACAGUUUGGGAGGAAACCGGAGAAAGGUCGGUACCGCUACGCUGGUCAGUGGAAGCAUGGCAGAAUGCAUGGCUGUGGUGUGUAUGAAGUCAACGAACGUACCAUAUAUGGUAGGUUUUACUUUGGAGAGCUCUUGGAGGAUUUUUAUGGCUGUGAUGAAAAUACUUCAGCGCUGCAUGCGGGAAUAGCAGAAGUAGCUGCUGCUAAGGCUCGAAUGUUUAUCAACAAGCCUGAUGGAAUGGUCAGGGAAGAGAGGGGUCCAUAUAGUGAUCCUCAACAUCCCUAUUUCUAUGAGGAAGAAGAUGUGUGGAUGGCACCAGGGUUCAUCAACCAGUUUUAUGAAGUCCCUGAUUAUUGGAAAACAUAUGCAUCUGAGGUGGAUCAGGAACGAGAAAUGUGGUUAAACUCCUUCUAUAAAGCCCCACUGAGGAUACCUAUGCCUGCUGAGCUUGAACACUGGUGGUCAAAAGAUGAGACUCCAGAGUUUGUUCUUGUUAACAAGGAACCAGAGCCUGACCCUGAAGAUCCAUCAAAGCUAAUAUGUACUGAAGACCCCCUCAUCCUACACACACCAACUGGACGUCUAAUCAAUUAUGUUGAAGAUGAAACGCAUGGGCUCCGGUUAUUUUGGCAACCGCCUUUGAAAGAUGGGGAAGAUGUGGACCCAGAGAAGGCCCCGUUUCUACCCCUUGGUUUUGAUGAGUUCUAUGGACGUGAAGUGAGCACACAGGAUGAAAACAUAUGGAAGCGUCUUAUAACAGCAGUGGAAAAUGCAUGUAACCCUGUGUUGGAAAAACUAGAGAAAUGGAGUGAAGAGAAGAAGAAAGAGAGUGAAAUGAAAAGGAAGCUAAUGGAAGCAGAGCUUGAAUUCAUAGAGGCUGAAUUGUGCCUGGAAGAGGCCAUUGAAGACAUGGAUGACGAGUUGAAGAAGAAGGAGAAAGAGGAAGAGAAGAAAAUGGAAAGGGGUUUCCAGGAGGAAGAGGAUACUUUUACACUGAGCAACCAAGAUGAGAAUGUUUCAGCUGAGAAGGUAGAUGAAGAGAGAGAGGGAGAGGGAGAGGGAGAGGGAGAUGGAGAGGAAGAGGAUGGGGAAGAGGAAGAUGAGGAGGAUGCACCAUCAAGUUUUGGUACUGUUAUUCAAGAACAAGACAAAACAAAGAAUGAUCAGAAGGGAAACAAACCUGGGAAAUCUCCAUUUUCUACAUCCUCAUUGUCAUUUGCUUCCUGUAGCCUGAUCUCAAUGGUUCCAUCUAGACUACAACAGUCAUUUGUAUCGUGGAAGGAAAGAACAUCGUCAAGGAAAUUAGUUAUCACCCCAUCAAUUGAGGGCACAAAUGAUCGCUCGGAAACAUUUGAUUCAGUGAGUUUCCCUUUAGUGCUUGGCCAAAAUGGAAGGUUGAGGGCCACAACACAAGCAGGACAGCAGUUUCAGGUGAGAUGCCACUCAAGCCAUGGGAAAUCUCAAUCUCGGAUUAUAUCAUCAUGUUCUGCAGCCUCUGUCAACUCCAAAAGAAAGCCAAAACCUGAGAAGACGUCACAGGGCCAUAUAUGGCAGCAUGCAGCACCAGAAGGAGAUUUAGAUAAUAUCUUGUCCUUGCAUAUACCCAUACAUUACUUGGAACCAAAUACUAAUAAAAUCUUGAGGUGAGCUGCUACUUUUCUUUACAUCUCUUUUUGACAUUUUUGGCAGAGAAACUAGAUGGGUUGUGGAAGAUGGUCAAUUUUGUGGUGCCCUGUUGUACCUUCUGUUCAGCAUGAGCCAUGCAGAACUGCUACUCUCAUUUUUGCAUCUCAUUUACUGUAUGUUCUUUUAAACUAUAUCUUGUUUAAGGUCAAAGAAAAUCACAAAAUAAUGUUAGUUCAGAUGUGUUUUUGGGGUCAUUUCAGUGGGCUUGUUCUGAA